UUGUCACACGUGGUACGAUAUUUUCUUGUAUUUUUUUGUUGUGAAACUCUUGGCGGCUAGAAAAUCGCGAUUUUCUACGGAAAAGUGAAAAUAAAUUAUCCAAUGCUGUAGCAAAAGGUGUGCAUGGGAUACCGAUAGUUCAUUUAAGGCAAUGGAUGAGGACGAAGGGAAUGCAUUAGAAGAAUUUUCUGCCGAGCUAGAGGAACACUUGUACUCCAAGAUACACCACGGACAAGUGGAGAGUGUAAUGAAGACAGACGCACCACCCAGUGCGCCCGGUGGCAGUCAGAAGGGGAGGAAUGGUCGGUAUUUUGCUCAAGGUGGCACUUCCGGAAGGCCCUUUGGCAAGAAGUUUGCAAAGAGAACUGCCCCGAUUUUGGGGAUUGACAGAGAGACACAACCAGAGGGUGGGAAGGCAAUUCCAAAAUUUACACCCUACCAGUCUUUUCUGCAGGGCAUCAAGAUGGGAUCAGAAUCUGUGAGGAAUCCCAAUUUGAGAAAGAAUCCGGCAAAGUUGUUUCGAAAGCCACCAGUUCCUGAGGCUCCGUCACAGUCAAAGCGCGAGAAGAAGAAGAACCGUCGGAAGGAUAAGAAAAAGCCUGAGACUAUUGUUCUGGACUCGAGUGAUGACGAAAAGGAUGAUGAUGUUGUAGAGGUUCCUGUUCCAUCGCCUCCUCUCGUCUGUCUUGACAGUUCGGAUGAGUCUCAGCAAGAUGGGAUGAAGAAGAGCCCCAGGAAGCGUCAGGUGAAAUCCACAAGGGGCUCCAGUCCUUCGAGUUCUAUCCUUUCGGAUGAUUUUAUUGCUGCAAAGGAUCGCAAGCGUCUCGCAGAGUCCAUGGAGACGAUUCAUAUGGCUGACGACGAGCUGAGAACAGUCCAGCAGCAAUCUAAGCCCACGGGAAAUGCCCAGAAGCGUUCCAGAGCUCAGGAUUCUGAAUCCACAGAAGGCCCUAAGGAACAUUUUUCCGAUAUUUCCACGUCGGAUUCUGAGGAUUUCCUGCCGGACCAAGAAUCCUCGCCCAAGCAUCGCUACCGGAAGCGCAAACGUCUACCACCAUCUCCAAAGGAAACACCCUACAUUCUCAAGGGAGAAGCUCUUCCAAAUGCUGUCACUGUUCCCAAACGGAAGAGUAUCGAUUUGAGUUCAUCUCAUCGCUCUGACGAAGAGUUCAUUACGAUUCUCAGUUCAAUUGCCAAUGGAGAUACGUCAAAUUCUCAAAAUCCUGGCAAUUCCGAUGAUGAUCCUGUGGAGAUUGUGAGUGCGAUUCCUGGAGAUGAGACUUCUGACAUUCUCCUCAACAUAAGUACUCAAGGAGAUCAGAAUUCUGAAGAAGAAUCAGAGGCUGAGAAAAAGUCAGAAGCUGAGGGUUCUGGGCAGGAAGAUGAGGAACAAUCUGCAGAGGGAGAAGAAGAAGAAGAAGAAGAAGAAGCCCAAGGUGAAGAAUCUGAGCAGGAUGAUAAAGAGCUUGAAGAGGACAAUCUCCCAAGGCUCACGCAUGGCUGGAAUGCAGAGAGUAGACGCUUCUACGAGGAUUCCUGGGGAGGAGAAAACUUCUCAGUCAAGAAAAUCCUUGACCAAAUGCCAGCCAACAGUCAUUGGCAGAUAAGCGCUCGGGACUUCAACUUCAGCAGAUUCCAUCGAACAUGGCGAGAGCCACAGGAAAUGAAGCUGGUGUGUUACAUGUGCGGUGAGUCUGGCCAUCGGGAACCCCGAUGUCCAAACACAUUGUGCCUUAGAUGUGGAAAUCGUGCGAUGGUAUUUGGCAUUGCAUGUGGCAAAUGCUCAGAUUGGCCAUCUCGCAUUUGUGAGAUUUGCCAGACGAAGGGGCACAAGAAGGAACUGUGUCCGGAUACGUGGCGAAGGUAUCAUUCGACUCUCGAAGGCAGUGUACCGGUUGAGGUGAAGGAGUGUCUCAAUGAUCGAAAAUACUGCUCUAUGUGUGCUAAAAAGGGCCACAUGGCAGAUAGUUGUCCGUGUCCUGUGAGAAUUCUGGAGUAUCCUGUAAGUCCGUGGAGAGUUUCAUCGUAUGAGGCUGUGUAUGAGGCAAGUGGGAAUGUUGACAAUCCCAAGGAUCCUUUUCACACGUACCGCGGGGAGAGAAUGCAAUUUGCGUGGAGUGAGAGUGUUAAAAAAUCUCAGUUUUACCAGAGAUUUCUGGAUAAUUGUAAUAUUGAGGCAUCUAAAGGGGAAUCAAGUAAAGAGCCGGAACCAGUUGAAGAACAGGAAAUGGUGGAUGUGGAAGAAGCAUCUAGGAUCCAAACAGAUAAUGCUGAAUCCAAGCUUUAUCUGGAUAGAGAAUACUGUGAACGCUUACUUGCACCUCGGGGUAAGCAGGUCCUCAUGAGUUUGGCUGAUGAUCUCACGGUAGAAGUGAAUCUCCGGAGUUCUCAGUCAGGAAAUUUGUUGAAAUUGCGUGGAGAACGUGGUAAUAUAGAGUCCUUUAAGAAGACUCUAAUGCGUUUCCUGAGCAAAGUGGACAAAUCACCAGUUCCAAGUCCAGAUGGUCAAAUGGAUGAGGUUCAGAAUAUUCCAAGGAACCGUAUAAAGAUGAUUCGGUUCUUGCGAAAAAAGCUGCAGCUGCUUCUGGGUUACAUAGGGGAUGCUACGGCAUUGAAUGUUGAAAUGGGUGCCUUGGAGAGAAAGUGUACUAGUAUGGGAAUGCUCAGAAGAGCCGAUGCUCUGAGAAUCAGGCUCAAUAUGAUUCUCUUGGGACAGGCUGGAUUAUUAGAUGGGAAGAUGCAUCUGAGGGCAAUUGAGCAGGAUUUGAUGACACUGGAGAAACAGGAACAAUGCGUUCAAGUACCUCCGGCAAUUCGAAAUAACAUCUUUCUUCAUUUUAAAUAUAUUUUUACACCUUAUCGCCAUGAAAACUAUAAAAAACUUGUUAAAGAAUUUCAUAAAUUGAGGAGGGCCAACAAACUGCCGAUUAAUGCAAUUCCAAAACAUUUUCUGGAUGAAUCAGGUAAACCGGUACUCAAAAAAGCGAGGCGAUCCAUGAAAAAUAAAUUAAUACCGUUGGACUAGGAGUAAAAGGUAACUUCCUGAUUUGUUUUUUCUAAAUAUUUUUAAAUUGUUGAAUUUAUUUUUGACUUUAUUAGAAAAGUCAGACUUUAAUAUUUGAAAUAAUCCUAAAAGAAUUAUUGUUCAACUUUAUUUUUGAUCUUUCUGACAUGGAAUUGGAUUCUUGAUUUCUCAACUUGACAACAUGUAAAUAUUUGAUGAAGAUACACAGAAAUUUAUGUAGAUGAAGAAAUGGAAUAGAAAUUAAAUUUUUACCAAAUGAAAA